GGCUGCGUUCACCUACCCUCCCCAAAUUCUUCUCUUGCUUUUCUUCUUCUCCAACGACAACUCCACAGAAAUGCUACUCCACCAACCGCAACUCCAUCAUCGACCAUGGCUUCCACGGCCAAUGCCAUCUCCCUCUCUCUCUCCACUGCCGCCACCUCUUCUUCUUCUUCUUCAACCCGCCGGGACAAUUGCUCUUUCUCGCCGGAUUCUGCCUGUCUCAGCUUCCGAAAGCCUAACGGUGGCGUGUCUCUGCGUUUGAGACCGGCGGCGGGAGCUUCUUUGGCGACUCGCCGUACGAGCUGCAUAAUUCGCGCUACUGCUGCUCCGGUUAUGGAUCAAUCUCCGGUCAGUGACUCUGGUUCCGCUGGAGCGCCUACAGUUGUGGAAGUCGAGUUGGGGAACCGGAGUUACCCGAUUUACAUCGGAUCAGGCCUCCUGAACCAACCCGACCUUCUUCAAAGGCAUGUCCAUGGGAAGAGGGUCCUUGUGGUGACUAACGAGACAGUAGCUCCCCUCUACCUGGAUAGAGUGGUUGAAGCAUUGACACAAGGCAACCCUAAUGUGACAGUAGAGAGUGUGAUUUUGCCUGAUGGUGAGAAGCACAAGAACAUGGAUGUUCUCAUGAAAGUAUUCGACAAGGCCAUCGAGUCACGGCUGGAUAGGAAGUCUACAUUUGUUGCUUUGGGAGGAGGAGUCAUUGGCGACAUGUGUGGAUACGCUGCUGCGUCGUACUUGCGAGGAGUUAAUUUCAUCCAGAUCCCCACAACUCUUAUGUCACAGGUGGAUUCUUCUGUCGGAGGCAAAACUGGCAUAAACCACCCGCUUGGGAAGAACAUGAUUGGUGCGUUUUACCAGCCUCAGUCUGUUCUGAUAGACACUGACACGCUCAACACAUUGCCAGAUAGGGAACUUGCAUCAGGGAUCAGUGAGGUUGUGAAGUAUGGGUUGAUUCGUGAUGCCGAAUUUUUUGAGUGGCAAGAGAAGAAUAUGGCUGCACUAUUGGCAAGAGAUCCAAGUGCUUUAGCUUAUGCCAUCAAGCGAUCAUGUGAAAACAAGGCCAAGAUCGUGUCCUUGGAUGAAAGAGAAAGUGGACUGCGCGCUACUUUGAACUUAGGUCACACUUUCGGUCAUGCAAUAGAAACCGGAUUCGGAUAUGGGCAGUGGUUCCAUGGAGAAGCUGUGGCAGCUGGCAUGGUUAUGGCUGCUGACAUGUCUUACCGACUUGGUUGGAUUGAUGAUUCGCUCGUGAAGCGGGUUCGGAAUAUUCUAGAGCUGGCUAGGCUUCCUGUUGCUCCACCGGAGAGCAUUACUAUGGAAAUGUUCCGAUCCAUCAUGGCGGUUGAUAAGAAAGUUGCUGAUGGGGUGCUAAGGCUUAUCCUCCUGAAAGGUCCUCUAGGAAACUGUGUGUUCACAGCGGAUUAUGACAGGAAAGCUCUCGAUGAUACACUCCAUGCGUUUUGCAAGUCAUGAACAAAAAUGCUGUUUUUAUCUUAUUUGAGCAUAUGAUUCCCUUGGUGAUUUUGUGUGUACUCCAUCAAAUGACUCCUACUUGUACCUGAUCAAUACCGCUGUAUUAUAUUUCUGAGACCUUGAAUUUGUUACUUGGUUGAUUUAGCGGAUCACGAGAGUGAUGAUCCAAAGGCUCUUACUUUAUGAGCACUGUUAUUCAACCACACUACAAAAGCUAAUGAGUGCAAUAGAGGCUUAGAGUAACUCUGCGCCAACAAAACCAGAACUCUUAGCAGCGGGAAGAGAAGUGCCUUUUGGGGCAAUGGGUACACCUGGAACUCUCUACUAAC